CAGCGAUCGUCGCUCGGCGCAGCUUGCAUUCCGCAGCAGUUGUAGGUUGUGUAGUGCGCGCGCUAUUUCUUGCUUUGCAUAAAGUUGUUAUAUUUCGAGUGUGCAUCGUUUUACAAUUAACUCUAUGCUCUUUGGAUAUAUCUCGCCUAUCAAAACAGCUACUAGUUCAGUGCAACGUGCAAAUAACUCGCUAUGUUUUGGGAUUCUAUGACCGAUAUGGAAACUUAUCAAUUACCAAGGCCCGUUGCAAUGGAGACCAAAGAGUGCAGUCCUGAAAGGAUGUGUGAACCUAGAAUGUAUGACAACAGCCCGUCGAGGAUGUCUUACGAUGGUUCGCCGAACUGCUCAUUCACCCUGCGCCGCAUUAGCUCAGACAUCCUUCAGGAUAAUAGCACCCAGGAUUCCGGAUACAGCCCCAGUGAGCCUAAAGUUUCCCCACGUCGCCAUUUGUCUUUCGGAUCCAUGAGCGAGGAGUUCAUCGAUCUUUCUGAUAUUGAAAAUGACACAGAGAACCAGCCCCCGAAUAAACAAUUAACCGGCGAGUUCUCCAAGUUGAUUACUGGGUCGAUCAGCGACGCGCUCAACACCAGCUCACCGAAAUGCUCCUUCAAUCGCCCGCCGUUGAGGAGGCCCUUCUCUGUCAUUGGCACUAUCAAUACUCCUGGUAAAUCUCGUGCCAGGAGUCUUUUUGGUGAUCUGGAAAAGGCCGAAUCACGCAGUUUCAAACGACCUGAGCCACCCACCGGUUUGGUUAGCCCGUUGUCUGCAAAGCGCUUCAAGGUUUUCGACAGGCCGGUGCGACGUGUGGAAGCUACAACAAUUUUCAAACGCAGCGUCUCCACACAGGAGAUGAUCAAAACCGCCAUUCAUCGAUCAAGCACCGAACCAGAUCUCAUCGGCGAUUACACCAAGGCUUUCAGCCUUCCACUCAUUCCCGGACGCCAUCAGGAUUUGAAAUCCAUCACUCCCACAACUGUCGCGAAGUUGAUUAAUGGCGAAUACGCCGAUAUCGCAUCUUUUAAAAUUAUUGACUGCCGUUAUCCCUAUGAAUACGAAGGUGGACAUAUUGUGGGUGCCAAGAAUCUCUACACUAAGGAGCAGAUCUUGACGGAGCUUUUGCAACUCAACAAACCUGAAGAUUUAGUCCAGGAGGAAAACAAGCGACACAUUUUGAUUUUCCACUGCGAAUUCUCCAGCGAACGUGCUCCUAAUUUAUCCCGUUUCUUGCGAAACAGUGACAGACGUGAGAACAAAGACUUCUUCCCCUACCUGACCUUCCCGGAGGUGUAUCUGCUGGAUGGCGGCUACAAGAAUUUCUUCGAAACGCACGGUGAACUGUGCUCACCACAUGGUUACCUGCCAAUGUUACAUCCCGACCACGAGCAGAAUCUGAAGCACUUCCGCGCCAAGUCGAAAACCUUCAAUUCGGACAUCAAGGCGUCCAAAUCGAAGCGCAUGGACUCCUAGGCACAAAACAACAAACCGACGAAUCCCAGUGUAAUCAUUGAGUACAAAUCGACUCGGGUGUACAUAUAAUUUUAGCAAGCCUGAGCAAAUUUCCAAGCACGAAAGCUGUACAAAUUUGAAUGCGCUUUGAAUGGAAAUUGGGGGAAGCGAAUUUUCGCGGACAUAGUCCGUACGCAAUCGACGGGCUUGCAGACGAAAGAGCAACGUGAGGGAAAUUGAUUGAUUUCGCAAUGCUUGUUACGCCAAAGUUUAUAUUUUAAUUUUGUUAUCCACCCGCUGGCGCAUCUGUAAACCAGCAACCAGUGCAAUUUAUCGAAAAUACGCGAACAUGAUCUGGGCGGCUCAUUUUAAAUACUGUACAAAUAAUCCGAGCCGCCCCAGAUAGCAAUUUUUGAGCGCGCAAAACGUUUUAGUUUUAUUUUUUAUUUUUUUUUGUUACGUUGUUCGAAACUCAGUAUUUCACUGCUAGCUAAUAAUACUACCUAAUGAUGAUAUAAUUAGUGGUGUCUUCAUUUAAAUUUGCAAACACGAGUGCAGUAGCGCACCGGCGAUUAAAGUUGGGUGCGAAACAACGAAAACACAAACAAAAAAAAACAUUGACAGAAAGGCAUGAAAUUGUAGACGCGUAUUGUUGCAACGAUUUAAAUUUUAUUACUUUUAUAUUUUCAACAAACUUUAUUGUACAUACUUUUUUGUGAUUUUUUACUUAUUAGACUGAUACGCGCGCGCCUCGAUCUUUGCAAUAAAUAUUUAUAAUUAUUAUAUACACAAAUAUUUGAUUUUCAAUGUAAGCGUUCGAUUUUAAGCAUAAACUAUAUUUGUGAGUGAUAAUAACUAUAGGAAUAACUUAUAUUUGCUGCGUUUUAAUGGAACUAGUAUGAAAAAUGUAAAUAGAAUAAGAAGAAAAUUAUUACAACAUUUAUGAAUAUAUAUUUUACAUACUGAAAUGUAA